AUGUCCGCCGAUUCUGUAGCCAUUUUCAUCCUAGGCCAUCUUUCUGUCCAUGCAAGCGGGCCACGCCACCAACUCCUUUUCUUGUGGGCACCCUUCGUGCUCCUUCACCUAGGCGGACAACAAACCAUCACUGCCUUCUCCAUGAAGGACAAUGAGCUGUGGAGGCGCCACCUGUUGGGAUUAGUCACCCAAGUAGUGGUGGCCGGCUAUGUCGUCACCAGGCCGUCUUGGGCGGAUAAGCGGCUCCUGGCUGCCAUGAUGCUUUUGUUCAUCUCUGGGUGCUUGAGGUACGGUGGACGUACCUUGUGCCUUUACAGAGCCAGCCCAGCGAAGCUCAAGGAAUUUUCAUUGGAUGCCUUGAGGAGCUACGUGCCAAAGGUUGAAAAAGAUGGCGAAGCUACUAGAAGUGGAUCUUUUUCUUCGGAUGGCUAUUAUGAAGAUACGAUUCAUAAGAUGCUUAUAGCCCAUAGGAGGGACCGUCCAUAUCAUGACUCAAUCUCGUCGAGUACUGCAGCACUCGUAUCUGAUACUCCACUGAGUGGUCCCCCUGCUGCUGAAGUUUCGCCUGACAUCAUAUUGCACAAGCUCCAAGUGUUCAAAGACAAUGCAGUCCGAACCAGGGCCUACUAUUACAUUGGCGAUCUGCUCGUUCAUAUAUACCAACGCCUCUACACCAAGGCUCCGCUUCAUUCUUUGUUGCGUCACAAGCUUUUUGUUAUCUUUCCCUUCGAGAUGAACGAAUCACGACCCGGUCGUCUUAGUAUAGCUAUUCUAUUUCAUCUAUCCUUUUCCUGCCUGCUUGUUAUCUUCCCCAUUAUUUCAACCUCGGCAACACUGGUGCUCGUUGCGGUUGCCCAAAAGAGCCAACUCUAUAGUCAAGCCGAUGUUAUUGUGUCCUACAUAUUGCUCAUAGGGGCCCUGGCCCUAGAUGUAGCAUCUGUCUUUGCAAUGAGUGAAGAGGCCUGCUAUUUGAUUCGGAGUCUAGCCAGGGGUAUUCUUCAUCCUUGGGGUGCAAGACAGUACUGGUCUGAGAUGGUAAGGCAGUACAAUAUGAUCAACAGCCUGACCAAAAAAGAUGCGACAAAAAUCAUGCCAUUUGUGGCUCAGUGGAUCAGUAAGCGUCUAGAUGACAAGACAGUAACUCACAUCCCCAUAAAUGAUAACCUCAAGAGGUUUGUCCUCGACAAAUUGUUGGAAUUUGGGACAAGGCAAGAAGACUGGAACUUUGCCAGCUUCCAUGGUCAAUUAGCACUUCGAGACUGGAGCCAUUGGCCAUCAUCUACAAGGGCCGAAACAUAUAUAUACAAGAGCAUCCAUGGUGAGGACUUCCCAACAACUGUGUUGAUCUGGCACAUUGCAACAGACAUAUUAUACCUCCAAGACGACACCAACAGUACUAAUUCUGAUCAGCAAACGAAGAAGGUGAGCAGAGAGCUAUCAAACUACAUCAUGUACCUCGUCUUCAAGUGUGGUGUGAUGCUUACAAACACCACCGAGCUCCAACACAACAAUGCUCUUAAGACCAUGGAGGCUCAUCGAGGUCUAGAUGAGCAGGAUGCCAUGGAGAAGGUAUUUCUAGAGAACCGAGUUCAGAUGAGUACACCGAAAACUCUCAUUUCUCCAGUGUUGCCUCGUGCAUGCAAGGUGGCCCAGGAGCUCAUUCACAUCCAUCGAGAAGUUGGUUGUUGGGACCUCAUUGCCGCAGUUUGGUUGGAGAUGAUUUGCUAUAUUGCGCCUCGUUGCGGAGGUGCUUUCCACUCUGAGCAUCUAGCCACCGGUGGAGAGUUAAUUACACAUGUCCUCCUCAUGCAACUUCUAGGUCCUUUCCUAAAACUGCAAGGUAUAUCAGAAAAUGAUGUUUUGAUCCCAAGCGAGAGUGUGCCACCUAUCUUAGCCGUGGAAAAGUCUAGAUUAGCAAUAGAUGUUAUGUUCACUAUGGUAUAUGGGGCAACAAAUGUGGUACUAUAUGUUAAUUAUUUGGUAUUUUUGGAAAGGGAGUGA